GUCCCUGUUGCCAUGGCUCCCGGUUCCCGCCCGACGCGCAGAGAGGUGUCUGGCGGGCGCGGAGCGAGUCCUGGGGGUCCGGGUCGGGCUUCCCGGGCCAGCGACCCCGACAGGCGCCAUGGGCCGGAUCACAGAAGACCUCAUUAGGCGGAAUGCUGAACACAAUGACUGUGUAAUUUUUUCCCUGGAGGAACUCUCCUUGCAUCAGCAAGAAAUAGAAAAGCUAGAACAUAUUGACAAAUGGUGCCGGGAUUUAAAAAUUCUCUAUCUUCAAAAUAACCUCAUUGGAAAAAUUGAAAAUGUUAGCAAACUCAAGAAACUUGAAUAUUUGAAUUUAGCUUUAAACAACAUUGAAAAAAUUGAAAAUUUGGAAGGAUGUGAAGGGCUGGCAAAACUCGACUUGACUGUGAAUUUCAUUGGAGAGCUGAGCAGUGUCAAAACCCUGCAGUACAAUGUCCACCUGAAGGAGCUGUUCCUCAUGGGCAACCCGUGUGCUGACUUCGAUGGCUACAGGCCAUUCGUGGUGGCCACUCUUCAACAACUAAAGUGGUUGGAUGGUAAACAAAUAGAGCGUUCAGAAAGGAUCCAGGCAUUGCAAAACUAUCCAGUAGUUGAGCAGCAAAUCAGAGAGCAGGAAAAAGCUUACUGUCUCAGAAGAGCCAAAGAAAAAGAGGAAGCUCAGAGGAAGCUUGAGGAACAACAGGAAAAUGAAGACAGGAAGAAGCGGAGUCACCCAGACUUUCUUGGCCAUAGGUAUAAGGACAUCCACACUACUCCCCGAUCUUCUUCAGAGAGCGUAGGCCAUGUCCAGGCACCAGAAAUACAAGAGGAACACAACAAAGAGAAGUUAAAUGAAAGUGAAGAUGACCUGGAAUUCUGGAAUAAACCUUCCUUGUUUACUCCAGAAUCUAGGUUGGAAACUCUUAGACACGUGGAAAAACAACGAAAAGACCAAGAAAAAUUAAGUGAAAAAAAGAAGAAAGUGAAACCAGCGCGGACUUUGAUCACCGAAGAUGGAAAGGUCCUGAAUGUCAACGAGCCCAAGCUUGACUUCUCCUUGAAAGAUGAUGAAAAGCGUAACCAGCUCAUCCUGGACCUGGCUGUCUAUAGGUAUAUGGACACUUCUCUCAUUGAGGUUGAUGUGCAGCCAACUUAUGUGCGAGUAAUGGUCAAAGGAAAGCCAUUUCAGCUUGUCCUUCCUGCAGAAGUCAAACCUGAUAGCAGCUCUGCUAAAAGAUCACAGACAACGGGACAUUUGGUGAUCUACAUGCCCAAGGUAGAAGAAGUAAUCAUAGGACGAACAUCCAAGCCUGUGAAAGCCACCGCAGACAGCCCCAGAGAGCAAUCCAAGGAAAGAAGCAAGCCAGUUGAGAAACUAGAAAUAGAUCCUAGCAAACAUUCCUAUCCUGAUGUGACUACUAUAGUCCAAGAGGGAAAACACAGGCCCAGAAGACUGGGAUCCGAACACAAAGUCGUGCCGAGGGAGGAAGAAGCAGACUUCGAAGAUAACCCUGAAGUGCCUCCACUGAUUUGAAAUAUCAGGCUGCUGUCUGAUUGGCUAUGAUACGCCAGGCCUCCUUGCUCAGGGCAGAGAGUCAGUGGCCCUGGUUUAUGGGGUAAACACAGAACUAUUUAUCAUCAUUAUUACUUUUGUGUUUUAACUCCUACUUUGUACAGUAGUAUUCUUAAACAAGUUUGAAAUUAAAAUGCAUAUCUUAAAUAUGUUAUAACUCAUCCUUUGUCUAUAAUCAAGGACUGUCUAGUGAAAAAUUGAGUGAAAAGAUUGAACUGCUGCAUGAAACGUUGAUAAUAAGUCACAGAAGUGCCUGCUGUUUUAUAGAUUAAGUCACAGGUAAAAGAGUUGGUUAUAAGAUUGGUACUUCAACAAACUGGUCAAGCUCAGUAGUUAGAAAUAUAAUUUCAGGCCCAAUUAGAACACUUUAAAGCAGUUUUAAACAGUGUUUCACUAUUUCUCCUGACACGCCUGCUUUCUCUGGUGGCUCAGUGUGAUGGCAAAACAUGAGUUCUGACAUUAGACACCCUAUAUUUGGUUCCAGCUGAGUCACUCUGUAAAGACCUUCAACAAGUCCUUCCGAUCCUCCAGCCCUAGGGGCUUCAUCUGUAACCAGGGGUGGUGAUCUUGUCUUGUGGGUUGUUUCAAGAUCAGCACUUGGUCUAGUGCCUGUCAGGGCUGGGAGCCCUACUCCUCCUCCUCCUGACCCCUCCUCCCUGCUUCCUUGAUACCUUUUCUCCCUUUUCCUCUUUCUUCACUUCUUCCUCCUCAUCUGGCCCUUUCUGAUCCACUCCCUUCUUACUGGCUGUCUUUCCUUCUUCUCUAUCUAACACUAUGGACACGAAGCUCAUCACACGCCACGGGGGAAUCACAAUGCAGCAGCAAUUAAGUCAGACAUCCCCAAAUUACCAUCCAGUAGGAGCUUCCCGAGCCUUUUGUGAGUGUGCAACUGUGCGCGUGGGAUUCCUCAGCACUGUGGCUCGGAUACAGUCUGAGGUGUCCUCCCAAAGAUGGGUUUGCUGGGAACUUCACCCAGGUGACUGUAUUGGAAGGUAGUGGGACCUUUACAGGUGGGGCCUAGUCGGAGGUCCUUAGGUCACUGGAAGUACUGCCCUCAGAAGGGAGUGCUGUCUCCUGGAGUGAGAGUCACAAGAGCUAGGGGUUUUAAAGCCCUGAACCUGACCCCUAGGUCCCUAUCUGGCUACCUUUAUCAAGAUGUUACCCCUUCCUCACACUUGUGCUCCUGUCCUGACGUGAUCCCAGCCCGUGUGAGGCCAAACCAAUGGGGUUGUCUGAUCCUGGACUUUGAGCUUCUAAAACUGUGAGCUAAAUAAACCUCUU